CGGCUGUCACUUUCCUCAGCUCCUCACUCAAGCACAAGAGCCCGGAAGUUGGUACUGGUUGCCCCCUUCCGUUUACGAUCCUUACGCAAUUCUUGUUAACGACUCCCACUUCGCAUUCGUACUCUCGUAUCUCAUUAGCAUCCCGAUUCAUCUCUUCUCGACACGAUGCACACGUCCACUCUGCUCGCGUUUGUCCUCUCGGCAAUGGCCCUCCCCGCGUUCUCGUCGCCCGUUCCUGUUUUCACGGAGUCCACGAUGCAAGGCUACCACAAGCACUUGCACGAUCACGCUCCCGGUCCUAAUGCUGCCCAGGCUAUGUUCCGCCCUUCUCACGAGACGGUCCACCAUGCCAGAGUCGUCCCAGGGAAGACGCAACGCCCCUCCAAGUCAGACGCGCACGCAGCUUGGGCCUUCUACCGCCAGUCGCUGCACCACGACGGCGGCGAUAACUAUGGCAGGCCGACCGGCUCGCAGGGAGGAGCGCAAGGCGAGCACACUCAGUCGGGCAACCACCAGAAAGAACAACACGGUGGUAAGUCCUCGGGUCAGGCUGAACACACCGGAAGCUCGAACGGGGCUAACGGGGCCACCCCUCGCGAGCUAAUCGACAUGAUCGUUCGUGCCGAUGCAGAAGGCCAGUCUGAAGCGCAGCCACUUGUAGCGCAGGAACCUGCACUUCAACCCGAGCAGCCGCACCAGUAUGCGCACAAGACCGGCGUCGCCGGUGGGCGGCCUAAGGUCCCCCGUCCUCACCGUGGCCACGCCCACUACCUAGGCGAGCACACCUACGGUGGUGUCCAGCAUAGCCGUCACAGCGCGCGGGAGGACGACGAGCUCAUUGCACGCGAGCUUCUUUUGAGUGGCCUCCGUAGGACCGGUACCGGCAAGAUUUCUGUAGUCAAUAAGUUCCCGACGUGGCUGGCCGGCGGGAACUUGAACCUGAAGGCGCGUCCCGUCAGCAAGAUUCCCGUCAACAGGCCCCUGCCAGGGGCGCGCCGGGGGAAGUCCUUUGGAACGGCGCGGGGCUAGCGAAACGUUGUUUCCGGUGCCGCUCAGUGAAGGCUGUAGGGAAU